CCGUGAGCGGGUCUUGGGCUGCCCAAGGCUUCCGCGUCGCGGAGGGCGGGAGGAGUCCGAUCUCACGGGAGCCGCAGGGGUGCCCCUGGCCUUCGCGGAAACGAUGGCGGAGGAAGAAGGACCAGCUAUAGAACUGCGCCAAAGAAAAAAGCCAAAGUCUUUCGAAAAUAAAGAAUCUGCCAUAGAAGAGAAAAUUGAUGACACUGCAGUUCCUGAAAGAGCCCCAAAAUAUGUAUUAUUGCAGCGCUUUGCAAAGGUUUUCAUUGGCUGUCUUGCAGCAGUUACUAGUGGUAUGAUGUAUGCUUUCUAUUUGUCAGCAUACCAUGAACGGAAAUUCUGGUUUUCCAACAGGCAGGAGCUCGAACGGGAAAUCACAUUUCAGGGUGACAGUGCCAUUUAUUACUCUUAUUAUAAAGAUAUGUUAAGGGCGCCUUCAUUUGAAAGAGGUGUUUAUGAACUGAUACACAAUAACAAAACUGUAUCUUUGAAGACCAUAAAUGCAGUGCAGCAAAUGUCUCUAUAUCCAGAACUUAUUGCCAGCGUUUUAUAUCAAGCAACUGGUAGCAACGAGAUUAUUGAGCCAGUAUAUUUCUAUAUUGGUAUUGUUUUUGGAUUGCAAGGAAUAUAUGUUACUGCUUUAUUUGUUACAAGUUGGCUUAUGAGUGGAACCUGGCUAGCGGGAAUGCUUACUGUUGCAUGGUUCAUUAUUAACAGGGUAGAUACAACAAGAAUUGAAUAUUCCAUUCCUUUAAGAGAAAACUGGGCACUACCAUAUUUUGCAUGCCAAGUUGCUGCACUUACAGGCUAUUUAAAAAGCAACUUAAAUACUUAUGGAGAGAGGUUUUGCUACUUAUUGAUGAGUGCUUCAACUUACACGUUUAUGAUGAUGUGGGAGUACAGCCACUAUCUCUUGUUUCUUCAAGCAAUAUCUUUGUUCUUGCUAGAUAGUUUUUCACUGGAACAAAGUGACAAGGUUCAUGAAGUUUAUAAAACCUAUAUAUUUUCUCUCUUUCUGGGAUAUUUACUGCAGUUUGAGAAUUCAGCUUUACUGGUGUCUCCUUUAUUAAGUUUAGUAGUAGCCUUAGUGCUUAUUAAGUGCCUUCAGCUAAAUGUGAAGAAAGGAACUUUUGUAGCUAAAAUAAUGAAAGUGAUUAAUUUUUACCUGGUAUGUACUCUGACAGUGACAUUGAAUAUUAUAAUGAAGACAUUUGUCCCACACAAAGAAAAUGGGCACAUGCUGAAAUUCCUUGAAGUAAAAUUUGGACUAAAUAUGACUAAGAAUUUUACAAUGAAUUGGCUCCUAUGUCAGAAAUUCCUGCAGGCACCAUCUCAAGAUUUAUUUUUGCGAUUGACACAGUCUUCUUUAUUACCUUUCUAUAUUUUAGUGUUAAUUAUUUGUUUUCUUUCUAUGAUGCAAGUUAUUUUAAGGAGAAUUAAUGGUAAAUCCCUGAAAGAAACUGUUACUCUUGAAGAUGGACGAAUUGGAGAAAGGCCAGAAAUAAUUUAUCAUGUGAUUCACACUAUUUUGUUGGGUUCUCUUGCAAUGGUUUUAGAAGGUUUGAAAUACCUCUGGACUCCUUAUGUGUGCAUGUUAGCAGCAUCUGGUGUAUGUUCUCCUGAACUUUGGACAACACUUUUUAAGUGGCUUCGAUUACGAACUGUACACCCAGUAUUGUUGGCUUUUAUUCUGAGCAUGGCUGUGCCCACUAUAAUAGGCCUCAGCUUAUGGAAGGAGUUUUUUCCAAGACUAAUGACAGAACUAACGGAACUACAAGAAUUCUAUGACCCAGAUACAGUGGAACUUAUGACCUGGAUAAAAAGGCAAGCUCCAGUUGCAGCUGUGUUUGCAGGGAGUCCACAAUUAAUGGGUGUGAUUAAAUUAUGCACUGGAUGGAUGGUAACAAGCUUGCCUCUUUACAGUGAUGAUGAUCUUCUCAAGAGAAAUGAAAACAUCUAUCAAAUCUAUUCAAAACGAUCUGCUGAGGAUAUUUAUAAAAUUCUGACAUCUUACAAAGCUAAUUACCUAAUUGUAGAGGAUGCUAUCUGCAAUGAGGUGGGAACCAUGAGAGGCUGUAGGGUUAAAGAUUUACUAGACAUUGCAAAUGGCCAUGUGGUGUGUGAAGAGGGUGGCAAGUUAACCUAUUCAAAAUAUGGGAGAUUUUGUCAUGAGGUCAAAAUAAACUAUUCUCCAUAUGUGAAUUAUUUCACUAGAGUAUACUGGAACAGAUCCUACUUUGUAUAUAAAAUCAACACUGUGAUAUCCUUUCAGUCUUGAAAGUAGCAGAACCUUCAUUUCAGAUUUAUAGUACCGGAUAUAAAAUGUGAUUUUCUUCUACUUUUGUGGUGUCAUUUUGGAGAUCAGAGGAUAGACAUUUAGAAUGUUGCUGCUGCUUUUCCCUUCCUGCUGUUAACUGGAUGCAGCAUUCUGUGGGGAAUAGAAGAUCAAGCAUUACUGUCCUUUGGUAAAAUGUCAAAUCUUACCACUCUGCAAUGUUCUAGCUAGGUAUUCUUGUUGUUACAUGAUCUUUAAAGAGUUCACCUUAUAAACUAUUAUAAAUUUUUCCUCAUAAAUCUUCGUUCUAUCAUAACAUUGAUCUUGAAUUUGAAUACAUUCAGGAUCAGAGUAUAUUUCUCAAAUAUAAUGUUUAAUAUAUACCGAAUGUGAUAUAAUUACAGAAUAGAAGGAAAGAAUCAUUCUUAUCCUCAUGGCAGUUUCUAAAGGUAUUUCAUGUUUAUAAUAGAACUGAAAUAUUACAGUAAAAAACUAAUUUAAAUGUUAGCUGAAAAUAUGUAGCAUUUAAAUUAAAAUGGAAAUGAUAUAAAAGAAAGUGAUUUUUUUAAGGAUAUAUAUGUAAAGAUAUAUCCAGAUUUCCCAUGAUACUGCUCUCAUCAUCUGCUUAUAUAAGUGAGCACUUUCUAAGCAAUAUAUAGUGCAUGAUAUUGCAUUUUAUUAUUUUAUGACUGUUAAGUAUUUAGCUUUUUUUACUUGUACCCAUAAAUUUGAUACCAAUUUAAUCAUGUUAAAACAGUAACUCUUGUUACCUAUGUUUUUUUUUUUAAAGAUUUUUAUUGGGAAAUUGGGGGAUGGGACAGCGCUAGGGAA